AUGAAGACGGUGUACUCUGAGCAGAGCGUCCGAGUGCCCGACGGGGUUACCGUCUCAGUCCGGAGUAGGGAGGUUACGGUGAAGGGGCCCCACGGGGAGCUGAAGCGGACCUUUCGUCACCUGCCUCUUGUGCUGCACACCACUAAGGAUGCCAAACGCGUAAAGGUGGCAACGUGGCAGGGGAAGAAGUCAGACAUUGCGUGCCUGCGCACUGUUUGCUCUCACUUAAACAACAUGUUUACGGGGGUGACGAAACAGUUUGAGUACAAGAUGCGCUUCGUAUACUCACACUUUCCCAUCAACCUGAAUAUCAUUGAAGGCGGCAAAGUUGUGGAGAUCCGGAACUUCUUGGGAGAGAAACGUGUCCGCAUCGUCAAGCUUCUCCCGGGCGUUGUCUGUGAAAAGAGCACGAAUGUCAAGGAUGAGAUAGCUCUAAAGGGAACAGACCUGGAGUUGGUAUCCCGUUCAGCCGCACUCAUCCACCAGGCGACGCUGGUGCGCCGCAAGGAUAUCCGGAAGUUUUUGGAUGGAAUUUACGUUUCUGAGAAAGGAACGCUGGAGAAGACCGAUUGA